AUGCAGACUGCGCAGUCACAAGCGGUCUCCUAUUUCGUUGGCGCUGCUUUCCUUGUCCUCGUACGCCAGUGUGUAGAGUCAGUUUCGGGUUUUUCUCGAAAUGGGGCCAACAAUACUUCCCAAGGGACUUUGACUGACAGAUAUGUCUUCCCCUACCUUGAGGAUGGUCCUACGAACGAGCCGUUCGGCUCAAGUCCUCUCCAGACCGGCACUUCUCCGCUCGAGCAACUUAUCAGCGACGGACCCUUAGGAGAGGCAACCGGAAUUUUACCCUUUUCUCCAGGUGGUGACAAAACCCACAAAUCAGCCCUCCAAGGACGGCUUACCAAGCUAAACCGGAACGAUUUGUCAACCGCUUUUCCGGAAUUAACCACAGAACCCUUCAAGGCUGCUUCUUCUGUGUCUAAGGCGCCUUCUGUCUCUGCUGCUUUUGCGUAUGGUAUUUCGGGCUCACAAAGACAGAUGACACAGGAGAUCGGCCUGCACAAGUUUGACGCUAGUGGGGGAGCCAACCGGGGGGGGCGGACGUUGCUUGAUGAGAAGAGAGGAACGGAUGCAACCCCGAGCAGCAGCCCGUCUGUUUUCACAUGGAAUCCCUUGAAUGCUGAUGGGGAGCCAACGGAGGCGAAGAGCCUGGAGCAUGUGGGGGUGCCUGACGACUUUGUUGGGAUUCCGAUACUUGACAAUGCUGCUGAGCAGCAGAAGGAGCAGAGUAAGGAUGCAGCAGCAGCUGCGGAAGAGCCAUCAUCAGGAAGAUACGACAACAGUGCCCGUUCGUCUAAUAACACUGCUGCUUCAGGCAGAGGAAGACAGGAGGGGCAACACGACAGUAACGGGGGAAUCAGCAGUGGCAAGUACCAAAGACUGCUUGAGCGAGGAGUUGCAGAAAGCCGCAACAACCCUCCUUCAGCCGCUGGUUCGUCUUCUACUUAUUCUGAAGACAGUGAUCAGCCAAGACCGGUGGCAAAGUCUUUGAAGCACCCCACAGCGUCGCAAGCUCCCGAUGCCGCUACUCUUGGUGAAUCGGCUCCGAAAUCAGAGUCGGGGUCGUUUGAAAGGGGGUCCACCACGGACUUAAACAACUACAACACCACUUUGGGCGGCGUCCGCAGCAGCAACGGCAGCAUUAAUAACGGCAGCAGUAGCAGCAGCACAACUGGGCCGGAUACUCAUUCCCAAGCGGGGUGGACCGGCCAUAACUCCCAGCAGCACGACGAUGCAGUACGAGUCUACGUCGGUGGUUCAGACGGCCGCUCACGUUUCGUCAGUUCUUCAGGGCUAACUGGUGCGUCGGAGGACGUUUCUUCCUCUUCAUGGGAGCCGAUAGUGCCUUGGAGCCGAUGGGAUUCCGGAAAGGCAGCAAGACGAGAAGCGAAAGAGGCCUUGGGGCGGAAAACGGAGUGUGUGUUGGAAGUGGGGGGCGUCCGUGUCGACGCCUCGUACGUGGACUCUGCAUGCACAGGGCCCAUAAGCGUUGCAUACCAGAAAAAGCAAGGGAAGUUCAUGGAGCGGCGGCUGCUACUGGGCAACAAAACGGAGCAGCCCCUCACAGUUGUGAUGAAGACUGUAAACGCCAAAUUCAACGCUUCCCCAUCCUCAUACAACAGAUCCUACCGUCGUGACUACUCGGGCCCCGCCUCGUUCCUGCAGGGGCAGGAAGGUAACGACACAAAUUCAACAACAGCUGCAGCUGCAGGAGCUAAGGCGGCGGAUUACGUCACCGAUAUGCUCAAUCGAAUGCGCAAACAUCGAAGGAAACAUCCCGGUCUCCCCUUGGACUUAGUCGUUUGCUUUGCCAGCCCUCUUGACGGCAACAGCGAAGAGAAGCGGACAGCGACAGAGGGGGAACCAGUCAGCUUCAUGCAGACAUCUGCUGGCGCGGCGCGGAUAGUGCAAACCUGCGAGGAGCUUCUUUCGGUGCUGGAGGAAAGCAAGGGUUUCUCUUGUGAGAUUCUCGAGGCGGUCGACAUUGUCAUCUUGCAGUUCCCACCUGCUGCAGAUUUGUCCGACGAGGGCGAGGUUCAUAAGGUGCUAUGCAAGUUGUUGUUCCUCGAGGGGAAGGAUAUCCUCUUUUUUGAACUUGCAAAGCCGACGUCGCUUCAAAUGGUGCCUGUGGAAGAAGAGCUUCCAGAGCCGCCCAAGGGGCUGGUGGAAAGAUGGGCCUUCGUACAGGCUAAGGAGGCCCUGAAGGAGCAGUGCUCAGCGGAGGCUAUGACAAAAAUUCGUCUCUUGUCAGAUGGAGAAGACUCUCCGGUGUCUGCUCACCUUCCUGAGGACCCUGAUUUAGAAAAACGGUUGUGGGGGAUGUACAGCUCGCGCUGUGUACACGCCUGGCUGCAUGGAGAGAAAGGCCACAAAGGCGUUGUGGUGGCUGUUAUUGACUCGGGGGUAGCGAAUCAUUCCGAUUUAAACGAAAAUAUUUGGCACAAUCCUCGGGAGACGAUCGACGGACGGGAUGAUGACAAUGACGGCUUCAUAGACGACGUCGAAGGAUGGAAUUUUGCUAAUGACUCAAAUCAUGUCGUCGACGCAAAUGGACACGGAACCCAUGUGGCAGGAACAGUAGGAGGCGUGGCUAACAAGAGAGACAUCGUCGGCUGCGCGCCGCUCGUCUCAAUCAUGAAGAUACAACAAUUUGGCUCCAGCGGGACGGGUUCAAUAGGAGAUGCUGUCCGGGGUAUGGCCUACGCGAUGCUGAAGGGGGUGUCAAUAAUAAACAACAGUUGGGGUGCAACGGAAACCACUGCGGCGUUGCAAGUAUUGAUAGAGCGGUCUCAGUACAUGCGGGGAGGGUUAGGGAUCCUGAUUGUUAAUGCUGCUGGGAACAGCAGCAGCAACAACGAUGUUCAGCCAUUUUACCCAGCAGGUUUCGACUACGAGAAUACCAUUUCCGUAGGCGCUUAUGAUGCCGAGGGGAAUUUGGCCUCCUUCAGCAAUUAUGGCAAGAACAGCGUCUCCGUAUUAGCCCCUGGAGACAGAAUUUAUUCAACUUACCUUGAUGAAGGCUUUGCCUUCCUCUCAGGAACCUCCAUGGCAGCGCCACACGUUUCCGGAGUGGGAGCACUGGUUUUUGGAGUGUUCAGAAAGGCAAACUCGGACGUCACCGCGGCAGAGGUCAAGGACAUCAUCAAAGUCACCGUACAGCCUCUUGAGGCGGCAAAACAAACCACUCAGUGGGGCGGCGCCGUCGAUGCCGCGGCCGCUGUUUUAAUGGCGAGAAUGGGAGGCAUGUGGAUGCAAAUGAAGUGUACAGACAUGAUCGUUGAUUUGGAACCGCAUGAGGAAUAUGCAUCGACAUUGUAUUUGCGAGGUUAUGCUGAAGGCAACUACAGGGCUGACAUAAAGGUUGAGGUGUACGACCAGAAAGGUAACCUGUUGGACUCUGCAAUGAUUCCUAUCACGUUGAGCAGCAGCCUAGCACCAGAAGCAAACAAGCCAAGUGAUGCUGAGGCAGCAAACGCCUUCAGCAGCUAUGCAAAGGAGAGAGACCACCAAACGCCUCUUUGUGCGGUUCAGCUCGGCUAUAAAGGCAGCCUAGAGGCUGCUGGCUUCGUUUUGCUCUAA